UUUUUUUACACAGUCAUCGAGUCCCCAAGUCUCUUUAUAUUCGUGAAAUAUCCAAGGGGAUUUUUUUUGCUAGAAUAUUCAAUCAUAAAUAUAUAAUUCCUUUCAAGUAUGAAAAUGCAAGAGUUUGUACUUUUUUGGGUUUUGGGAGGUGCAUUAGUGGGUGUCUCCAUGUCUUUGCCUGCCAUGGAUGGUUACCAAAAAAAUGUUCAAGAGGGAUGUCGAUUUUCUCGAUAUCCUUCCCUUUGUGUUGAAACUGUGAUUGGUUCUGGUUCAGGGCAUAAACGUACUGAUAUGAUUUCUGCUCUUGUAAACAAGACAUUAUCUGAGACCAAACAUCUCACUUCCUACUUCACUAUUACCACCUCCCAAUUUGAAUCCCAAUUAGAUGCUCAGCGUGCCCAAUCUAUCACAGACUAUUGUGAAACGCUGAUGGGCAUGUCUAUGAAGCUCCUAAGCCAAUCCCAAGCAGCACUCGCUGAAUCGCCAAGGAAAAAGAAGCAAGAUAUCCAGACAUGGCUAAGCGCUUCCUUGACAUUCCAAGAAGCUUGUAAAGAUUCCACCAGGGGUCUCAAUCUUCCCGGCAACCUCAUGACUCAGAUUUCCAAAACGAUGUCCUAUCUUUCUCAGUUGAAUAGUAAUCAAUUAGCUCUCGUUAAUGCCAUAACCGGUGAGCCUAAAAGCAAUAAAAACACAAAUCGUCGUCUUUCUGAUGACGACGAUGAGAAAAAACAAUCAGGUAAUUUUUUUCCCAAGUGGGUAUCGCCUAGGAACAGAAAACUACUUCAGGCCACCACCACCCCAAUAAAAGCCAAUGCCGUAGUUGCGAAAGAUGGUUCGGGAAACUAUGUAACCAUUUCGGAAGCAAUACAGGCCGCUUCUGGAGGUAGGUUUGUGAUUUAUGUAAAGAGAGGAGUUUAUAAGGAGAAGAUUCGGACCAACAAAGGCGGUAUUACCUUGAUAGGAGAUGGAAAAUACGCCACCGUCAUUGUUGGUGAUGAUAGUGUCGCUUCAGGAUCUACCAUGCCUGGUUCAGCCACAUUUACCAUAACAGGAGGCAAUUUCAUAGCCCGCGACAUUGGAUUCCAAAACACAGCAGGCCCAGGAGGAGAACAGGCAUUGGCUCUGCACAUAGCUUCCGAUCAUUCAGUUCUCUAUAGGUGUAGCAUUGUUGGCUACCAAGACACUCUCUAUGCACUCGCUCUCCGUCAAUUCUAUAGAGAAUGUGAUAUCCAUGGCACCAUCGACUUUAUCUUCGGCAACGCAGUGGCUGUUUUCCAGGGCUGCAAUAUCAUGCUUCGCCGUCCAAGCGGCAAUAGUUACAAUGUCAUUCUGGCAAAUGGAAGAUCAGACCCUGGGCAGAACACCGGCUUCUCUCUCCAAAACUGUAAAAUCUCAGUCACCUCCGAGUUCUCUGCUGUAAAAACUCCGUACAGAACUUAUCUGGGUAGGCCAUGGAAAGAGUAUUCGAGGUCAGUGGUUAUGGAAUCAUCCAUAGACGAUGUUAUUGAACCUAGUGGUUGGGUGGAGUGGCCUGGGGCUCAAAGAUCUUCCCUCAGGACCUUGUAUUUUUCUGAAUAUGCAAAUGUGGGACCAGGUGCUGGGACUGGCAAAAGGGUAAAUUGGCCUGGUUUUCAUGUCCUUGCAACUGCAGAGGCUGAAAAGUUUACUGUUGGAAAUUUUAUUGAUGGUGCUUCGUGGCUUCCUUCUACAGGAGUGACUUUCAUCUCCGGGCUUCAUUAGUGUUAUAAAUAUAUUUGUUUGGCAUGCAGUUUUAAUUAAAGGAUUGUCGUAAUUAAUUCUUCAUUGUUGUAUUUAAUUGCAGUUGUAUAAAUUAAUAUAUAGCAUGUCCCGUGUAUUCACUUAGUCAUGUCUUGUACAGUUUGGAAUAUCAAGUAUUGUACAGUUUGGAAUAUCUAUCAAGCAUAAAAAACUAGAAGAAGAAUUUGUCA